AGCAACAGCAGCAGCAGCAGCAACAGCAGCAGCAGCAGCAGCAGCAACACCAUCAUCCACCGACAACUCACAUCCUGCCGCCCUCGGCCGUCUACAGCAUUGAGAGCAGCAGCGUCUAUCCGGCAGCAGCGGCCGCUGUGCCGCAGCAGACAGCGCCGACAGCGGCGCCGCGCGUGCAGCGCUCCCUGAACCCGGCCUCGAUCGUCAAUCAGCCGCUGCCGGAGAUACCGGUGCAGUCGCCCACCGGCAACGGCGUCCUGCCCGCCUCGCAGUCGAAGAUCUCGUCACAGCCGCUGUGCGCCGCCACGCUGGGCCAGUACCGCUCGCUGCAGCGGCCCCAAGGGGCGGCGCAACAGAAGCUGCAGCUCGCCUCGCAGCAGCCGCCACAGCAGCAGCAGCAGCAGCAGCCGCCCUCACUGCCGCCCAAGAAUCGGCACAAGAAUUCGCGGGAUGCGAGCAAUGCGAAUCACAUGCAGACGCUGCCUCCGAAGUCGGCGAGCUUGCGGCAGCAGCAGGCUGCCAGCUUUGGCUAUGAGCGCGAGCGAGACAGAGAGCGCGAGAGGGAGAGAGAGAGGGAACGCGAACGCGAGAGAGAAAGAGAAAGGGAUAGAGAGCGAGAGAGGGAGCGGGAGCGUGACAGGGAGAGAGAGAGGGAGAGGGAGCGAGAGAGAGAGCGACCGCGUCGCGCCGAAACGCUGGACAAUGCGCGCAGCUACGCCGAGCAACAGCUGCAGCAGCAGCAGCAGCAGCAGUACGGAGGCCAGCUGGUGCUGAGCAGCAUGAAGAAGCAGCACUCCUACGACAGCAGUACCUAUCACCAUCAACAGCAGCAGCAGCAGGCGGCCUACUACCAGCAACAGCGGCAGCACAACAACAACUACCACGGCGCCGUCUCGAGCAGCGCCAGCAGCAAGCAGCAGCAGCAGCAUCAUCAUCAGCAACAAUUGCUGGCCGAGCAGCAGCAGCAGGCGCUCUUCUAUCGCUCCCUGAAGCGCAGCUCGGGCGGUGGAUCUGGCGGCGGCGGUGGUGGUGUUGCUGCUGUGACAGCUGUGGGUCAUGCCGCCAACAGCGAUUUGUAUUCUGUGACGGAAUUGUAGGAGUGCGCCUGCUGCGGCGGCGGUGUUGAUGUUGUGCGGCGUGCCACGAGCUGUUCGACUGGCACGGCCACAGCAGCAACAUCGCUGCACGCAGCGGCGGCAGCAGCCUCAGCCAGCACACAGACACAAGCCCAAGCUCAAUCGCAGCCGCCCAUUCCGCUGCCACCGAAGAAGCAUCGAGCACAGCAGCAACAGCAGCAGCAGCAGCAACAUUCUCACCAGCACCAACACCAACACCAGCACCAGCAAUGCAAUGCGAAUCUGUGCGAUGAGCAUGAAUAUGACGAGUACUGCCCGCAGCAAUACGAGUCGCAGCAACAGCAGCAGCAGCAGGGCUCGCGCCAUGGCAAGCAGCAGCGCGCGGCCACGUUCGAUACGGCAGAUGCGCGCGACUACGAACUGAAGCGGCUGGGCAAUCGACGCUCGCAGCAGCAGGCGGCCACCACCAAGCGCAACGGAGCAGCAAUCAGUGAGCAACAGCAACAGCAACAGCAGCAGCAGCAACAUCAUCAUCAUCGCACCCACGAUCGAGAGCGCUCGCGCAGCGAUCAUCGCAUUGCUAGCUACGCCUGCGAGGAUGCAGCAACGGCAGCUGCGGCGCUAUGCAGCGCUGGCUCCAUGACGCUACUGGCGGCCAACGGCAGCGCACAGCACCAGCAGCAGUCGCACAGUCGCAGCCACCAACAGCAGCAGCAGCAGCAGCAACAGCAGCAACAACAGCAGCAGCAGCGACGGGAGAAAACGUUUAAAGUAUGAUUUUUAGAGACGUCAUAAAAAUUGCCCAGCCCGCGACAAGCUGACUUCGACGGCGAUGUUGCAGUUGCUGCUGCUGUUGUUGUCACAGCAACAACGCGCAGGCGACGCACGCGCUAAGCCAACAGCAGAAGCCAGCGGACGUUGCGGAUUUUUCUAAUAAAUAAA